AUGUCUGACCCCACUGUUACGCCGGCCAUUGGAGAGGCUUUUGGCUAUGGCCUUGCUUCUAUAAUUACCUACAAAACCCUGAGGCACGUACCGUCCAUUCUUAUGCAGAGUCAGAUGACACUUUUUAUUUCCCAAGUAUAUGGGGACUCUCGCAGAUUUCUUGGCUUCGAGAUCGACUCGGAUCUCCGGAAGGCGCUUCAUCUGACUCAUGUCUCCCUGCGCUCUCUGGCCAGGAUUUAUGGAGCUGAAUUCAGACGGUUUUCCAUAAAUCGGUACAAACCAGGAACAUUUGAGGAAUUCUACAACCUUAUACUUCAAGUCCAUAAUAUCACCAAUGUGGAUGUCAUGCUUGGCUAUGCAGAUAUUCAUGGUGAUCUUCUACCCAUCAACAAUGAUGACAAUUUCUUUAAAGCUGUGUCAAGUGCCAACCCCCUCUUAAGAGUAUUUAUUCAAAAACAAGAAGAAGUAGACUACAACACAUUCGGGUCAGCCACUUUGACUAGAAAGAAGAAAAAUGCAUUGGUGGCAUUACGAAAUGACAGUCUGCGCCACAAGAAACCACACAUAAACAUCAGUAUGCCUCAUGAUUUUAGACCAGUGUCCUCCAUCAUUGACGUGGAUAUCCUUCCAGAAACCCACAGACGAGUGAGACUAUACAGACAUGGAUGUGAAAAGCCGUUAGGAUUUUAUAUUCGAGAUGGAACUAGUGUUCGGGUGACUCCUCAUGGUUUGGAGAAAGUGCCAGGAAUCUUCAUCUCCAGGAUGGUUCCAGGAGGCUUGGCGGAGAGCACGGGUUUGCUGGCUGUGAACGAUGAGGUUCUGGAAGUAAAUGGUAUUGAGGUAGCUGGGAAGACUCUUGAUCAGGUCACAGAUAUGAUGAUAGCUAACAGCCACAAUCUAAUCAUUACAGUUAAGCCAGCCAACCAAAGAAACAAUGUAAUCCGGGGCAGCCGGAUGUCUGGCAGCUCUGGUCAGUCUACAGACAGCACGGCAAGUCACCAUAGCUUGCCGUCGGCUAACCUGCUACAGAAUUUUAACCCGGAUGAAAUGGAGAGUGACGAUGAUGCAGAUAUUGUUAUUGAAGGUAGCCUUGAGCCACGCAACAUUCCCAAAUCUCACAGCCUACCAUCAGGCAGCCUUUCACGGAUCAAUGGCACUAGCCUUAGCCACAGGUUAGAAAGAGACUUAACACUAAACCAUUCUGGACGUGAGAGUAAUGGAAGUAUCCACAAAAUUCUGAGCAGCUUCAAGGCUGACCCAAGGAACAGCUUGGUCAUACCCAAAGGAGGCAUUGAGGAAGAUGGCACUGUUAUCACACUUUAGACAUUGGGGUAUAUAUCAGUGUUUGACAUGCAGGAUACAUGUUGGACUUUUAAAGGAAAAACUCUCAAAUCUGAACAUUUACAUGCGAGUUAGAUAUUGAGUGGUACCUAAUGAGAUGUUUAUUCUUUAGUUUUAUUCUCUUACUGGAAAGUGGUUUGCUUUGACACUGUCUUAUACCUGUGUACAAUAAAAAA